AUGGCAAAGGCAGCUAAGGAAAUUCAAAUGGAGAACCCAAGAGAGGUAGAGACUCACAGCACAGGGGCAACGUGCUCCGCAUCAGAGGAACAGGCAGAAAAACCCUCCAUGCUCUGUUUUAAGAAGAGGAAGAAGUCCUGUAAGAAGGGGCUGACUGUGAAGGAUGCAGGUGAAGGAGCUUCAGAGGAGAAAAGCCAAUGCAUCAGUGCUGAGGCGAAAGUUCCUAAUCAAUCACAACCCUCCAGAGGAGCCUGGGCAGCCAUCAAAAACUUCGCAAAACCUCGGAGAAGGCAGAAAUCCUCCUCGAGGCAGAAGGCACCCUCUGAUUCCCAAGUGCAGCUGGAGGUGGGUGCUGAGGAAGGCUGUGCACAAGGUUUCCCAAAAAAACGAGUGAGCUCUGGAGUGAAGAUGCCCUGCGUGCGGUUCUCCAGAGGCAAGAAAAAACCCAGCCCCUCUGAAGCAGUGGAGGAGUCAGAGGACAGUGUUCAAGCAAACGAGGUGAUGGGCAUCGUGAAUAAAGCUAGUGAAGAACAGGAGGAUCUGGCCCCGAUGGACAAGUCUGACUCCUUCAGCCCAGCCUCUGUGCAGGAGGACCAGGAUACAGCAAAGGAAACUGCUGAUUCCACUGGGAAGAGUGAGCCCUUGACAGAGCCCACAACUGAAGCAGAGGAACAUAUGGAGUGCACCACGGAGUCAGAGAUAACAGAGUCAGAGACAGUUAAUGAAACAGCCCAGGAAAAGCUGCAGGAGGGGAGCCUGCCCCAAACCACAGUCCACACGGAGGGCAGGGAAGAUGCUCCCGAAGCACCUGCUUCCCAGGAUCAACCCGACAGUGCCCCUGAAACCACCGAGCUGCAGGAAAUCCCUAAUAUCUGCAAAGAGCUGCCUGAAGGGGAUGAAUCAGAAAAGAGCAUAAGUCUUCCUGAGGAGUGCAAAGCCCAAGAGACUGUAAUGGAUUUCAGUCAGUCGGAGUCCAAAGAUGAUGCAGUGAGUGUGCAAGGCUGCUCCAGCCAUCAGGUGACACUACAAGCCAACGUGGGCAUUGGCAUUGUCAUCACUGUCACCGAAGCUGAGGACUCUGAUCACAGCGACUCCGACCAGGCCUACGAGCCGUCCCCGGUCUUGCAGCGAAAUAAGCAAAAAGGGAAUAAAAAGUCAAGUGGGGGCUUUGAUUUUGGUAAAAAAGAGGGCCCCGUGGCUGGCGGUGGUCCUCAGGUGGAGGAGAAAGGUCCAGGUGACCAGGGGCAAAGAACUGGGGAGCAGUACGAGCUGCUCCUCAUAGAAACGGCAUCUUCCCUCGUGAAGGCGGCCAUCCAGUCAUCCAUAGAGCAGCUGGUCAAUGAAAUGGCCCUGGAACAGAACAAACACAACAGUUUCCUGUGA